AUGGCAUGUCUCUGCAUCAAUUUUAAGAAGAAGCUCAAGAAACCAAUACCAGAAGACAAUGACCAUCAAGAAACAGAGUUACAGAGCCGAGAAACAACACCAAAGCAACAACCUCGUCAAAGACACAUAGCUCCAAGAGCCAAUAAUAUCCAGAUCGUGGUGCAGCCUCAUAAGCUCCCACUUCCACUUCCUCUUCCGGUUCCUCAGCCUCAAGAACAACAAAAGCUAAUGCACCAACCAGAACCGAUCUUAGGGAAGCCAUUUGAAGACGUCAAGGAGAAGUACAGUCUUGGUCGCGAAUUGGGUCGUGGACAAUUUGGUAUAACGUAUUUAUGUACAGAGAUCUCAUCAGGAAAGAACUUCGCUUGUAAAUCUAUCUUAAAAAGAAAACUCAUCAGAACUAAGGACAGAGAAGAUGUAAGAAGGGAGAUACAGAUAAUGCAGUAUUUAUCAGGGCAACCGAACAUUGUGGAGCUUAAAGGAGCUUAUGAAGAUAGACAAAGUGUUCAUCUUGUAAUGGAGCUUUGCGAAGGCGGCGAGCUGUUUGAUAAGAUCAGUAAACGAGGGCAUUACUCAGAGAAAGCAGCCGCAGAGAUCAUCAGAUGUGUAGUAAAAGUUAUAGAGAUUUGUCAUUUCAUGGGUGUGAUGCAUCGUGACCUUAAACCCGAAAACUUCUUGUUAUCCGGUAAAGAUGAAGCCUCCGCGAUGCUUAAGGCUACUGAUUUUGGUGUUUCGGUUUUCAUCGAAGAAGGGAAAGUGUACGAAGACAUUGUAGGAAGUGCAUAUUACGUUGCACCAGAGGUUCUGAAGAGAAACUACGGCAAAGCAAUUGAUAUUUGGAGCGCUGGAGUUAUUCUCUACAUACUUCUCUGUGGAACUCCACCCUUUUGGGCCGAGACUGAUAAGGGAAUAUUUGAAGAGAUUUUGAGAGGAGAGAUUGAUUUUGAGUCGAAACCGUGGCCUUCAGUCUCAGAGAGUGCUAAAGAUUUGGUGAGGAACAUGUUAAUGGCUGAUCCCAAGAAGCGGUUUACUGCUGCUCAAGUCCUAGAACAUCCUUGGAUACGAGAAGGUGGAGAAGCUUCGGAUAAACCGAUCGAUAGUGCAGUUUUGUCGCGGAUGAAGCAACUCCGAGCUAUGAACAAGCUUAAAAAGCUUGCAUUGAAAUUUAUUGCUCAAAAUCUCAAAGAAGAGGAGCUAAUAGGUCUCAAGACGAUGUUUGCAAACAUGGAUACUGAUAAGAGCGGUACAAUCACAAAGGAAGAGUUGAAAACUGGAUUGGAAAAACUCGGUUCAAGGUUAACAGAAACCGAAGUUAAGCAGCUCCUGGAAGAUGUUGAUGUUGAUAGGAAUGGUACGAUUGAUUACAUUGAGUUCGUCUCGGCUACAAUGAACCGGUACAGAGUUGAAAGAGAGGAGGAUUUGUUCAAAGCUUUUCAACACUUUGACAAAGAUAAUAGCGGGUUUAUUACAAGACAAGAAUUAGAAACAGCCAUGAAGGAGUAUAAUAUGGGAGAUGAUGCCAUAAUCAAGGAGAUUAUAUCCGAUGUUGAUGCUGAUAAUGAUGGAAGUAUCAACUAUCAAGAGUUUUGCAGUAUGAUGAAGAGCAGUUCACGAUCACAUCAGUCAAAUUUGAUUCAAUAA